AUGAUUAUUACUGGUGAUGAUAUUGAUGGUAUUUCAGUUUUGAAGACAGAGUUAGCUAGACAGUUUGAAAUGAAAGAUUUGGGUUCUCUACGAUAUUUCUUGGGUAUUGAGUCGAAAUAUGUUGCAGAUAUUCUUGAGUGGGCAAGACUUACUGAUAAUAAGAUUAUUGAUACUCCAAUUGAGGUUAACGCGAAGUAUUCUUCUUCUGACGAUUUACCUUUGUCAGAUCCUACUUUAUACCGUACUAUUGUUGGGAGCUUGGUAUAUCUCACUAUUACUCGUCCAGAUAUUGCAUAUGCUGUUCAUAUUGUUAGUCAGUUUGUUUCUUCUCCCACUUCAGUUCAUUGGGUAGCUGUUCUUCGCAUUUUGCGAUAUCUUUGGGGUACAGUCUUUCAGAGUCUGUUACUUACAUCCACCUCCUCCUUGGAGCUACGUGCAUACUCUGAUACUGAUCAUGGCAGUGAUCCCACAGAUCGCAAGUCUGUUACUGGUUCUAAACAAUCUAUUAUUUCUCAAUCUUUCACCGAAGCAGAAUAUCGUGCUAUGGCAUCUACUACUAAAGAGAUUGUUUGGUUACGUUGGUUACUUGCAGAUAUGAGAGUUUUUCUUUCUCAUCCCACUCCUAUGUAUUGCGAUAACCAAAGUUCUAUUCAGAUUGCUCACAACUCGAUUUUUCAUGAACGAACUAAGCACAUUGAGAUCGAUUGUCAUCUUACUCGUCAUCAUCUCAAGCAUGACACAAUUAUUUUGCUCUUUGUUUCUUUUUCUUUGCAGUUCGCAGAUUUUUUUUACCAAGUUGCAUUCUAUUUCUCAUUUUCGUUUUCUAGUUGGCAAACUCUUGAUGCUUGUAGCUGCCGUAUCGGGGAUAGGGCAGAAUGGAGGGAAGAAGUAAACUCGUCCCAGAGUAAAGAAAGGAAACCGGAUAACUAG